CUUGCAGUCAAACAAAAUGACAGUUAGACGUCGCCCUGCCAAUCGCAGAGGGCGCCGCUCCGCUGAGCACCUCAAGCUCUCCAGCCCGCACCUGCUCAGUCCGCGCUCUGGGUCCGAUACUCCCUCAUCGACUUCCAGUGUCGAUAUGCCGGGUUUCCCGUCCACCCCACGCGAGGAGACGUCGCAACAGUUACAGGACGUGAUGAAAACAGAGGAAAUUUCAAGCGACGAGGCCAUGUCUGCCGCCGCUGCUGUCAUCGAGUCUGUCAUGCUGACACUAGAGACGGGGAACACCAGUGACACGUCCACCACGACAUCGUGCUCCUCGGACGGAGAGACCACAGCCAUGCUACAACACGCGCAACAGCUCCAACGCAAAAAGAUGCAGUGUACCCAGGACGAUAAGGAGGAGAAUUCAAGCACACCACAGGAGCUACGUCGCAGUAGACGCAAACGACGCACAGUGGAUGUGCUGAGUCCAUCGCAGGACGUGUCAUCGGGCCGCAAGUCUCCGCAUAAGCGGCGAAAUGUUGAGAAGAGCAAAGUGGCAGCGCUGGUGAGCGCUCGUCCCGCUGUAGCAGCGACAGCCGCUGCACGUGCCGAGGCUGCAAUGAAGGAAACGAAACGGAGGCAAGCAGCGGCUAAGAAGCGUGCUGCUGCCAAAACUAAGGUCGAGACGCCCGAGGGGGUUUUGUCACCUGUUCAGGACGAGAAGAAGAAGACUCCCAAAACGAAGCGGAGCCGCAAAGCGCGACGGUCAUUAGAGUCCGCGUACUCUUUCGACGCUCAGACGGAGUAUGUAUCGAAGCUCAUUGCUGAGCUCUACGAAGAACAGGAGCAGGAUGAUCGAGAGAUGUACAGCAUCACCAGGGAGACGGUUCUUACGGAGACGAGCACGUGUACGCAAUCCCAGGAGGUUAAAGAACUGAGCUUAGAGGAAUUCCGACGGCUGAUGACGUAUGGUGAAGUAUCAGUUGAGUCGGUGGCCUCCAUAGUGCUGCCAUUGUUCAAUUUGGACGCGGACGACGUUUUCUUUGACCUCGGCUGUGGCACGGGGAAGAUCCUGGUGCAAGCAGCGCUUCAAACUCCAUGCAAGCGAGCAAUAGGCAUCGAGCUGAUGCAAAAUCGCGUUCUGGAAGGACACAAGGCGUUGAAUCGGCUCAAAGAGCGCGACCUCGCCGUACUGCAAGGCAAGGAAAUCGAGAUCUUCCGAGGUGACAUCUUCGUCCCUCCAGAGGAAGCUCGACUCAUGGACGCGACUGUGGUUUUCAUCAACAACGUGAUGUUCGGUCCUCAACUUAUGCUCAAGGUCUUGCAGCUUCUCAAGGAAAUGCCCAAGCUGCGAUGUGUGAUGACGCUGCGCAAGAUCUGCGAACGUCAUGGUCACGAAAAGUGCUCGCGUGCUGGGAACUACUGCAUCGAGUACGUGCAGCCUCCUGUCGAGCAAGAGAUCGACGUGUCUUGGGCUGAUAAAGCCUCCAUCUAUUUCUACGAAAGCCUCGACUUCAAGCUUAAACAACUCACUCAGGAGUUGGCCAAAGGUGGCCGCCGACCAAUAUGGUGAAGAUGGAGUGAAGUUGCGUUUGGCAACACACAACUGUAGUCCAAGACUGCGUUAAGAUACAUGAGAGAACCGCAUGAAGAGUCCCUUUUUACGCCAAGAAACGGGCUUGCAUGCAAUUUACAUUAAAAAUGAGUGGAUUUUUGCUAAGAAAAAAAAAAUAGAGUAUGCACUUUUGCUAUCUCGA